CAAGGGGGUUUGUUGCAAAACCCUAACAGUCCAGGGAAAUUUUUUGCACUUUUCUCUGUAUUUUAUACUGAAGCUCUCUGCAACGAGUGGGUGCCCAACAAUUUAAAUUUUCUCUCUCUCUAUAUAUAGUAUAUGAUAUAUACAAACUUACACGCAGACACAUACAUAUAUACACAUAGAUAAGCAUAGUAUCUCUCUCUAGAACUUCAUUCGGACCAUAAAACCAACCGAUCUUUGUGCCUGAACCUUAGAGCCCAGAAUUGGACCGAGCAAUCCGUCGUUUUCGCUCCCACCACCACAUGUACUUACUCCCAACUUCUAAUACAUUCUUCUCCUGAUCUUUUCUCUUUUUAUGAUCCUGACUCUUCUUCAGGUUGUUGCUAUAGGGUUUAAUUGAUUGUUUCGCUCAUUUGGGGAUCGAUCUGGUGUGGCCAUCAUCACCAUGAGUGGUAAUAACCAGUUGAUCUCCGUUCAGCCCGACGAGCUCAAGUUUCAAUUUGAGCUGGAAAAACAAAGCUAUUGUGAUAUGAAAGUUAUGAACAAUACAGAACAUCAUGUUGCUUUUAAGGUCAAAACCACUUCCCCAAAGAAAUACUUUGUUCGGCCGAACACUGGUGUUAUACAACCUUGGGACUCGUGCGUCAUAAGAGUCACCCUCCAAGCUCAACGAGAAUAUCCACCAGACAUGCAAUGCAAAGAUAAAUUUCUCCUACAGAGCACGGUAGUGCCUCCAAAUACCGAUGUUGACAAGCUUGCACAAGAUACUUUUACUAAGGAAAGUGGAAGAACAAUAGAGGAGUGCAAGCUUCGAGUUGUCUAUAUCUCUCCUCAUGCAGCUGGUGGAAAUUCAGAAGAUAGGAGCUUAAAACAAAGUGGCUCUAUGUUCCGCUCCACAAGCUUUGAUGAUAAUAAGGCUUUACAGCGCCUCAAGGAUGACAGAGAUGCAGCCGUGCGGCAGACACAGCAGUUGCAUCAGGAACUGGAAAUGAUGAAGAGACGAAGAAAUCGGAAAAGUGACCCCAGCUUCUCCUUCAAAUUUGCGAUUUUUGUGGGACUCAUUGGAAUCAUGGUUGGAUUCCUUUUAAACCUUUCAUUGUCUUCACCUGCUACGGAAUAACUAAAACCAGCUUGAUAACCUGAAAAGACAAGAUUUCUUGUCUAUUUCAUUGUAUAAUUUUUAUUGUUGGCUCAUAAUGGAAAGCUUGCCUACUUGUUCGUUUCUCUUUGUAAAUUGACAUUGUAUACCUUUUUUUCUUCAUCAGUUUGGUUUCUCUAUCAAAA